ACGUCAACCUGAACGUCAUGCGUGACGUUGUUGACUGUUGUUUUGUUGAUUUUAUUUUUAGCGGUAAAAUAAAAAUAAUUAAGCGAUACAGACAUGGAGCCUAUAUUUUCAUUCCCGUUCCAACCUUAUGAUAUUCAAAAUAAAUUUAUGAAGGAAUUAUAUUAUACAAUAGAAAAUAGAAAAGUAGGUGUAUUUGAGAGCCCUACAGGAACGGGUAAAUCACUAAGCAUAUGUUGUGGAGCGCUACAGUGGUUCAAGGACACUAAACAACGAAUAGUUGAAGAGUUAGCAAAAGAACUAAAUGAUCUCAAGCUGGAACUUUCAACUACAACAGAUACAGAUGACUGGCUACAAGAAGAGUAUGAGAAAUUAAAAAAGAAUCAACUAUUAGUAGAACUACAGUUGAAACUAGAUAAAAUAAAAAAAAGAGAGGCUGAAUUUAUAGAAUUAAAAAAAAGAGUUGAUAAACAGAAAUCAGGUUUAAAAAAAAUUGAUCAUCAUUUCAAGAGAGUAGAGAAACGACAUGAAACUGAUGAUACAAAGGAACAUGAAGAAAAAGAGAACAUAGAAGACCAAGACCUCAUAGUUAAUGAAUGCCAGGAUAAUGAUGCUGAUUCUGAUUCUGAAGAGAUAUGUUUUGAAAAUGAAAAGGAAAGCAAUAUUAAGAUUUAUAUUAGCAGCAGGACACACAGUCAGCUCUCACAGUUUGUGGGGGAGAUCAAGCGGACAGUGUUCAAUGAUAACACCAGAGUCGUUACUCUUGCCUCUAGACAACACUUUUGUAUUAACUCUGAUGUCACCAAGUUAAAACAUGUGAAUCUCAUCAAUGAAAGAUGUCUUGAUAUGCAAAAAUCUAAAACAAAAUCAACAUCUGUAGGCGAGGAUGGCAAAGUUCUGAAAAAGACCAAGACUAAUUCAUGCGCAGCCUGUCCUUACUAUAACCAGAACAACAUAACCAUGUUGAAAGAACAGAUAUUGGUAGACAUUAUGGAUAUGGAGGAUAUAGUCAAACGUGGGAAACAAUUGAAAGCCUGUCCAUAUUAUGCUACAAGAAUGGCUUUAGAUGAUGCGGAGAUAAUUUUAGUUAGCCACGCAGGCAUAGUAAGCAGCGGUGCAAGAUCAGGCGUAUCACUCAAACUUCAGGACAAUGUGUUGAUUCUCGACGAGGCGCAUGGUCUCACCGCCGCCUUAGAGAACGCACACUGUGCUCCUGUAACAGUCAAACAACUAGCCUCUGUAAAAACAUUCCUGGAGUUUUAUAUAAACAAAUACAGAGUCAGAUUGAGCAGCAAGAACCUUUUGCAGUUGAACCAGGUCAACUUUGUUGUGGGGAAACUUUUGGGACUAGUAAAACCGAAAGCGACAAAGGACAAAAAAGUGGAGUCGACAAUAUUUACCUUGGAAGAUUUUGUCAUAAAGACUGAAAUAGAUCAUCUCCACUUACGCCCUCUGGUAGAGUUUUGUAGAAACACUCGUUUGGCGCCAAAACUCCAUGGCUUUUCCAUGAGAUACAGUCAGCAGGCGCUUGAGGAGGAAAACAAAAAAGUUGAAAUCAACAAAAAAGCGUCUUUUAAAGAAUUUCUUAGUAACAUGUCCAAGAAAAAAGAUCAAAAGGAACCGUCAGUAGAUACGCAGAAAACUGAUAGCAAAUUAACAAGUCAGGCACACAAUUUACCAACAGAAACAUCCGCUGGCAGUGGAUUGUACGCCAUAUUGGAUUUCCUGGAGAUGCUCUGCGACCGGAGCGAGAACGGACGAGUGUUGGCGCAACUGGGCGAAGGCGGACAGCUGAAGUAUCUGCUGCUCAACCCUGCUGAACACUUCGCUCAAGUUGUCAAUCAGUGUCGAUCUGUGAUAGUGGCAGGCGGGACCAUGGAACCGGUGGGCGAGUUCCAGGCAUUGCUCACGAACAACAACGCCGUGGUCGAGGUCAACGUGGUCAAGUGCGAGCAUGUCGUGCCUCCCGACAAUGUUCUUGGCGUGUGCUUGUCGAAGGGACCUUCUAAUGUCACUUUGAACUUUUCCUAUGAAAAUCGUUGUUCAAAAGAUUUGUUAAACGAAGUCGGAAGAAUCUUGAGAAAUGUGUGCAGUAUAGUACCAGAUGGCAUUGUCUGUUUUCUACCCUCAUACUCAUACGAGCAAAUGUUGUUUGACCACUUGAAGAGCUCUAAUGUUAUUGAAAGUAUUGGCAAGAAGAAAAAGAUCUUUCGAGAACCGAAGUCUGCUACAGAAGUCGAUCAGGUUUUGCAAAAAUAUGCAGCAGCAAUUAAAAACAAAGAAGGAUCAGAUAUCACCGGUGCUCUAUUGUUGAGUGUCGUUGGUGGUAAAUUAAGUGAGGGAUUGAACUUUAGUGAUGAGUUGGGUCGUUGUGUUAUGGUGAUAGGGAUGCCAUAUCCAAAUGUGAAAUCGCCUGAGCUUCAAGAGAAAAUGAAUUAUCUGAACAAAUUGACGCCUGGAGCAGGAAGUGUUUAUUAUGAAAAUCUGUGUAUGAAGGCAGUCAACCAAUGUAUAGGGCGAGCAGUUCGACACGCUAACGACUAUGCGUGUGUAUUAUUAGUGGAUGAGAGAUAUUCGCGACCUCAAACCGUAGCAGCGCUGCCGUCUUUUGUACAGAAAUCAUUGAUCACAAACUGCGGAUUUGGACCAACUAUUGGAAAUAUAGCCAAAUUUUUUACAAGGCAUAAAAAUUGUAAAUAAUGUAAAAUUAACAUAAUUACUAAUAAUAAUUUAAUUUAAAAAUAAAUAAAAAUAUAAGAAUUGUGAUAAAAAUAUAAUUUUUCAAUAAUUUAAUAAA